UCUUCUUUUUUCAAUUUAUCAUUAUUAUAUUAUAUAUAAAUAUGAUAUGAAUAUCUAUCUUUAAAAUCACAGAGGAGAGGGGAUGGGGAUGUUAGGAGACAAUAGUAUAGAAGAUGUUCGUUGGCUCUGUUCUCUUUCAGAAUCAGAGCUUGAUUUACUCAUCAGCCUAAAAGAGAUGGCUAUUCAAAGGGCUACUUUUAUCGGACAUAAAUCCUUAUCCGACAAAUUUGAUCUCAAGAUGCUUAGAGGUCUCAGUUUUGUGUUGAUGAAAGUGUUUAAAGAAAAGUUGGGUGAUGAUAAUAUUACACAAUUGGGGGAACCAUGUGUAGACAAAUCUUUUUUAGUAAAACAUGAAAUUAGUCAGGAGUUUCGAGAAAUGGGUAAGGAACAGUUGAUGGCAUACAUCGGUUCAGAUAAGAAAAAAAGGAUAUCUCAGUUGUUUGGUUUUGAUGGUUUCAAUUCUUGAGGCAAGCGGGUUUUACCAAUAAUUCUGUUUGUUGGCCGUGUUAAAAAAUUCAAAGAAAGGAAUGUUCAGAUAGGAUACAAUUGUAAUAGAUUGAAGCCCUGCCUUUGUGACUUUUUUGUUGUUCUUUUUGGAAUACAAUGUAUUGAUGUAACAUGUUUAUUUUCAUGAGAUGUAAAAUGUACCAAGUUAUGUAGACUAGAAAUCAGAUGGUUGUUAACUUGUGGUUA